AGGAAGUGGCCACGCAAGCAACCGGAACCAUAACAUGGCUAUCUAGCUACUCUUCCUUCUAUCGUCUCUUAUGUCACAUUUAAGUAUCGGGUCACAUUUAUCGUGUUUUUAGUUUUACCAUCAGAUGUUAAUAAUGUAAAAGAUUUCACGUACCGAGUUUUAAAACAUGUCGCUAGCCGCCGUUCAAGCUAACCAGCUAGCUUGCGUGUGGCUGCUGUCCGAUGAUGAUUCGUGUCACUCUGCAACGUGACGACGAGAUGCCGCAAACGGUGGCGAAACUGCUGUGAAAUCAGAAUGUGACUCCCGAAGCCAGUGCUCAGGCUCCCCCCUGCCAUAGUCUUAGUUUUUAAGUUUGGCUUUAGGAUGCGUCUGGACGAGCUGGCCAACGUCGCCCUCAGGGUGCCCAGCAUCUUGGCCCUGGACCUGCUCUACAAGUGUGACGUCGAAGGCUUAACGGAGCACCUCAAGGCCAAAAAUGAAGACAUGCUCUUCAAAUAUAAAUAUGUCAUCUGGAACAUGUAUUACCUUGGUCAUGUGAUCAAUGCGGUGGUUCUAGUACUGCCGCUGAGACACAUCGUAACGCUCUACCUCCACAUCCUGGCCGCCAUGCUGCUCUACGUGGGCCAUCAGAUUUCCACGGAGUAUAUCCGGGAGGAGCUGCAGUCUGGCUAUGAAGGAGCAGUGUACCUCCAUUCUUUGGCCUUCAAUAGAUUUGCUUCUGCGCUGACAAGUCAGAUCAUUCUCAGCACCCUGUGUGCCUUCCUGAUGAAGACCAGAAAGGUGUGGCUGUUCUCUGCUCACAUCCUCCCCCUGCUGGCCAGAUUGUGCACUGCCUCCCCCGCCACGCUGCUCACCGUCAACAUCUUCUCCACGGGGCUGACGGGAGCCAGCAUGGCCGUCUUCCUCCUGGCCAACCUCUUUGUGCCAUAUCGCCUCGCCAAGGCUGUGUAUUCACAAUUCCUUCAGCUGGAGGUGAUUGAGCUGUACAGGCUUCUGGCGGUGGGAAUCUCCCUGUGGAACCAGUUCGCAGUCCCGGUGCUCUUCAGCAUCUUCUGGUGUGUCCUCUUCGCCGUCCACCUCUGCUCCGACGCCAUGUCUGGCUCCGCCUCCACCUUGCAUCAGGGCAUCAUGUUCUUCCUGCUCACCAGUGUUUCGGAAUGUUGUGCCACGCCGUACUCCCUCCUGGGUCUGACCUUUGUGGUGUCCUACCUGGCUCUCGGACUGCUCAACCUAUGCAAGUUCUACCUGGGGGGCUACGCCGCUGUACAGAACGAGAACGUCAUGCACAGAGGAGUGACCGAGGGCGUCACGCUGCUCCUCCUCGCCCUCCAGACGGGCCUGCUGGACAUGCAGGCCAUGCAACGCACCUUCCUCCUCAGUAUCAUCCUCUUCAUUGUUGUGACGUCUACUCUGCAGUCCAUGAUUGAGAUCACCGACCCGGUGAUCCUCGCCCUGGGCGCAUCCCGCAACAGGAGCCCGUGGAGGCAUCUGCGUGGCCUCAGCAUGUGUUUUCUUUUGCUGGUCUUCCCAGUCUUUAUGGCUUAUAAGAUUUCCCAGUUCUUCCACAUGGACUUUUGGCUCCUCAUUUUGGUGUCCAGCUGCAUGCUCACAUCCCUUCAGGUUACGGGCACGCUGCUCAUCUACUCUCUCUUCAUGGUGGAGCUCUUCCGCAGUGACCCCAUCGAGAACCUGGACGAGGUGAUUUACUGGGUGAACGCCAUCAGCCGGGUGCUGGAGUUCGUGGUGGCGCUGUGCGUCGUGGUGUACGGGACCUGGGAGUCGCUGUUCGGCGAGUGGAGCUGGAUGGGCGCCUCUGUCAUCAUCAUCCACUCCUACUUUAACGUCUGGCUGCGCGCGCAGUCGGGCUGGCGGAGCUUCCUGCUGCGCCAGGAAGCGGCCAAGAAGAUCAACUCCCUUCCCAGAGCCACGUCUCAGCAGCUGCGGCGGCACAAUGAUGUCUGCGCCAUCUGCUUCCAGGAGAUGAGCGCCGCCGUCAUCACGUACUGCGGUCACUUCUUCCACGGCAACUGCCUCCGCAAGUGGCUGUAUGUGCAGGAGACCUGCCCCAUGUGCCACCAAACCGUGCAACCCACGCCACAAGCCAACCACAGCCAGGAAGCCGGCGGCGGUCCGUCAGCGGCUGGUCCUCGGAGGGACUCUGCUUCUUUGGGUGAAGAACUAAACUCAGACUGUGAAGAAGAACCCAGUGCCAAUGAUGCCGAUGAUGAUGAUGCUGCUGUUGAGCUGCUGGAGGAAGAUGACAACAUGGCGGCAAAUGACUCUGACAAGGACGCAGGCCAGGGUGUUUUUUUCAGUUCCAGUCCUGUGUCCAGCUGCUCCUCCAGGGGCUCCCCUGGUUUAAGACCAUCGGGUCAGAAAGAGGACAUCGCUGAGAAUUUUGGGGACACUUGCAUGGAGUCGCCACUGUCAACAGGAGACGCAAAUCAAUGUGACAGCCUCUACGGUCACCAGCACCACGCGUCCGUCCAGUCAUGUCCAGACAGCUCAGAACUGUUGGACUCUGCAGACAGAGCUCAUGCACACAACUUCGAUUGUUCACAACUGGACCCGGGGGAGCUCUGAUGGACACAGAACCUGAAUCAUCAGUUCCUGGCACAUAUAUUAUUUUUAAAAACUUCUAUUUUUCUAUCUGUUUUAGCCUUUUAUCCACAAAGAAUAAACUUUCUUCAGCAGUUUUUUUUCUAUGUGACAUGAUCCUUUUUUUGGUCUUGCUCCCUAUCAACCUAAGAGCAAAGGGGAGAGGUUUUGUUUAGAUAUUCAGUGCUUUGGCUAUAUUAUUUUUUAAAAAUACACAAUUGAUUCCAACAAAAUGUUCCGGAGCAAUGCAUGUACAUAUGUGCGUACCUAGGAAGGAAUAUUUGCUGAAUUUGUGGAUGAAAGUGUACUUUCUUGCAAAAUCCUGACAUCUUAUGUCUUUCUCUAUGAACCAGGAAGUAAGAUGCUAGAAAAGAAAUGGACUGAUGAACAAAUAUGAUGCUUUUUACUAUUCAAAUUUGUUGUUGGACUUUUAUUGUUUUGCUUUUUGCUGCUGGAGUCAAAAAUUGUACAGUGCUUUCCUUUCUCUCAUUUACUAACAUCCGCAUGGAUAAAUCAACCUGCGCUCUACUGAA